AUAAUCAACGUCGGCAAGACGAAACUGUAAAUGCAAGCCGUAAGGCACCACGGUUAUUUGAAAUUAAUUCUUUGGUUUUUGUUAUAAAACAGGCUCAAGCAACUGGCAAACUCGACUCUGGUAUGCGCGGUCCAUAUCGCGUGGUCAAAGCGCUUCCCCACGGUCGAUACGAGCUGCAGUUACUGGCGGGCUCUUAUGGAAAAUCGACGCAGGCUGCGGCAGAAUUCAUGGUGCCGUGGCGUGGGGAGUGGACUCCUGAGGCAUGUGCUGCAUUUUUUGAGGGUGCUGCCAGUAUUGAAGAUGAGGAGUCCACAAAUGACCGAGUCGUUGUUGAUGAACCUGUACCAGGCACUUCGAGAGGAGCCUGUACUUCUCCGCAUAAAACAAAGGAGAACGAGGACGUCCUCCAGUCAGGAGAGGCCGUGUUAGAUAAAAACUAAGACAGCGCCAAUAGAGGGGAUGACAAGACGUGGUGGCGGAUUGCAAAUAAAAGCGCUGGCACGCUCAUUCGCGGCACCAUUCGUCGCGAGUCAAUUGACAGACUACAACUCUGCCCGUUUGUGGAGUCAACUGCCAUAUUAUUGUCCUUUGCAUUAUAUAAGUUUUUUUUUAUUACAAUUAAAUUAGUGGAAGUGAGUUUUAAAAAUUGUGGAAUUAUUUCAUUAUUUUGUAAAUUUUGUAAAUG